CAGCACAGAAUCAGUCUCACAUCCAACCACACAUUCACUUUCCUGGACGAGAUGGUCAACAGGGAAUCACAUUCAUCCGAUCACCUCACUGGAGGUCCUCACAGAAGGAUCAUGUCAACUAAACUGGCAACAGCCAUAGCUGCUUUUUUUCUACUGGCCAGUAUAGCAGUCAUUAUAGCCAUAGCUACAGUUCAGGUGAAACAGAGAACUUACCUUUCUCCUGGACUUAAGUAUGGUAUUGUGUUAGAUGCCGGCUCCUCCAGAACUACAGUAUAUCUAUAUCAGUGGCCCGCCGAGAAGGAAAACAACACCGGAGUUGUGACCCAGACUACAAAAUGUGCAGUUAAAGGCCCUGGUAUCUCAGAGAUGAAUGCAGAAGCCUGGAACAGCCUUGAAAAGUGCAUGGAAGAAAUAAAAGGACUCAUCCCUCAACAUCAACGAAAAUCAACGCCCAUCUUCCUUGGAGCAACCGCCGGAAUGAGAUUGCUCCAGCAGAAAAGUGAAGAGCAGGCCAAUGCUGUCCUGACCUCCAUAGAGAAGUAUCUUCGUUCUUUGUCAUUCGAGUUCCACAAUGCUUCCAUCAUCUCAGGUCAGGAGGAGGGGCUGUAUGGGUGGAUUACUGUCAACUACCUGAUGGGAAACUUCUUGGAGAAAAAUAUAUGGAAUGCUUGGGUUCAUCCUCAUGGCGCACAGACUGUGGGAUCAUUGGACCUGGGUGGAGCUUCCACUCAGAUUGCCUUCACAGCCCCGCCCGAUGCCAGAGGAGCAGAUCUCAUCCAAAUUUCACUCUAUGGCUACGAAUAUAAUGUUUACACACACAGUUUUCUGUGCUAUGGCAAAAAUGAGGCUGAAAAAAGAGUUUUGGCAGAGCUUGUGAAGUCCCAGUCUAGAGAUUCGGCGCGCAUAAGUCACCCAUGCUACCCACUUGGCUACAGCAGUACCAUGGCUGGAGAAGACAUCUUUGGUAGUGAGUGUACAAAGCAAAGUACUACUAGCUACCUACAGAGGAACUUCACUUUCACUGGACAAAGUGAUCCAGAAAAGUGCAAAACCAUGGUCAAGAAGAUUUUUGACCUGAGGUCCUGUCAGGGGAAAGAGAACUGCUCAUUUAAUGGAGUAUACCAACCACCUGUGACAGGUGACUUCAUGGCAUAUGCAGGAUUUUACUACACAGCUGGGACUCUGGAUUUAAAGGGCUCUAACAGUCUGGAGAAGUUUAACUCCACCAUGUGGUCUUUCUGCUCUUUGGACUGGAAAACACUCAAGAAAAAUUAUAACAUCUCAGAGAAACACUUGAAAUCUUAUUGUUAUUCUGCGAACUAUGUUCAUACAAUUCUUGCAGAUGGAUACAAGUUUAAUGCUGGAAACUGGGAAAAACUAGAUUUUCAAAAGGAGGUGAAUAAGACGAGUAUAGCCUGGUCCCUGGGCUACAUGCUAGCUCAAUCUAACAUGAUCCCUGCAGAGGCAAAGCUCCUGAAGCUACCCAUUUCCAACAGCAUUUUCGCUACCCUGCUCUUCCUGUUCUCCGCUCUUACCAUCAUCACUCUUAUGUUCCUCAUCAUCACACUAGUGCGGGCCUUUUAUUGAUGUCUCUGAAAGCCCUACUCAGGAGCCUAGCUUUGGCCUUUGAGCAGCAGCACAUGAAAAAAAGCACAACCAAAUGCAGGAAAACGUCUGUUUACCAUGCUGUCUGUGCCACUGGUUGAGCUAUUUCUGACAGGGCCCAGGAACAGGUUCACACCGCAAUAUUCACUGCCUGAAGUCUUGACAUCUCAACCAAAGAGAUGCACAAUAGCACGUGUAACCUCUGAUAUAUUAUUGCAGCUAAAUGAGGGAUUCGUCUUUAUUGCCGGAAUGCGAAAUAAAAAUAUAGCUUUUACGAUGGUGUGAUACUGGGAAAGAGGUGAGAGGACAUGGCAAAUGAUGCUGCCACAAGGCUCUGCUAUGACUACAUUUGCUGACUGUGAUUGGAUUAAAUUCAUUCAGUGUGUCGCUAAGACACUUACAAUGAAAGUGAAAUUAUUUGUUGAAAUAACUUGGUCAUUCACACAUCAAAUUCAAAUUAAUCUACAUGAAAAUUAUUGUAAUUAAAUGUAUUAAAACAGUUCAGUUCAGUUUAAACAUUCUUUUACUUUGCUUCAAUGUGUGAGUCACUUCUUAUGACACAGUUGUGUGUGAUUGUUUCACAAUGGCGACAGAUCUUAUAGCUCUAAUUGAAUCAAUAUAAAUCCAUACUUAUUACCGUAUUAAGAGCCAAUAGCAAUACUGCAGAUUUGUGUCCAUUAUUGAAGCCACAUAUUAGAAGCACAAAUUUUAGACAGUUUUAAUGUAAAAAAGGAUCUAUCAUAUUAAAAAAGUGAAGAAUUCAUAUUUAUUAGUGCUACUACUAAAACUACUCAUCUGUAACCACUUCAUCUACAUAGUCACUAUUUUGACAGGGUUACUUAACACUGAUGUGUUUUCUAUAUUGAAUGUGUUGGAGUUGCAACAGAAAGCCUAUAAU